AUGGCCCAGUCUGACGCCGCCGCCGGCGCUGAGCCUGCCAGCACACCCGCGACGACCUCGACCCCGAAAAAGACGGCCUCCGCGCCCGAGAAGAAGUACAAGUGUCAGUACUGCAAUCGAGCCUUCAGUCGAAGCGAACACCGAAGUCGACACGAGCGAUCGCAUACCAAGGAGCGCCCCUUCAAGUGCCAGAAAUGUCGCAGCACCUUCGUCCGUCGAGACUUGCUCCUACGCCACGACCGAACCGUACAUGCAAAGGAUGGCGGUGUGCCUCUCCAGUCUGAGGGUAGAAAGAGGACGACAGGAACAGGCGCAGGGACGAAGACGUCGCCCUCAGCGGCCGCUCCGUCUAAGCCUUCGAUUAGCAUCGAUCCUGGCACGUUGGAGCAGAUAGAGGCAAGCAGCGAUGGUAUGCUCGACCUUGAAACUGCCGCCAUGUUGAUGACAGACUUCCAACACAAGGCGGCAGCAGCAGUGAACGGCCAUCUUCAGAACGGCGAAGGAUCCAUCCCCGGUUUCUCUCCAGAUCGAAGCUCUCUCCUCGAAUCCUCCGAUUAUCUGACCACGUCGACCGGCUUGCCACAUAUGCCCUGGGACACCUUCAUGCCACAGGGCCCGUCAGAACCAAAGGCGCAUUCCAUGUCGAGCAUGUCGUCCCAAGAUAACCUGUCGCAGCCCCCUUACGUCCACAUGGGAUCGAUCCAGCCUCAUCAGUCACAGCUGCCGCCCAUUAUGGAACGCCAGAACUCCCUCGGCGGUUCUCUGCCUCCCGCUUUCCCCUCGCUGGCGGACACCUUUCCCGUCUCCGGCACCCCUACACCCAAUGCUCUCUCACCCUUUCCCUCCAUGACAGGUCCCGUAUCUCCAGUGAACUACCGCAAGUCGCCUGGUCCCGCCCAACCCCUUUCUUUACCCAAAGCUCCGCAGUUUAACAAUGAUGACGAGAGAGCUAUCAUUGCUAACCAAGUAGGCGACGGAGAUAUCACGUUACCCCCCUUGCCUUCUGUCAAUCUCUACCUGGCCACAUACUUUAACCUCUUCCACCAUCAUCUUCCUUUCCUCCACCCCGUCACCUUCCGUCCCGAAAGCACCGAACCAGCUCUCCUCCUUGCCAUCCUGUCCAUUGGAGCUUUGUACAACUUCGAAAAAGAAAACGCAUACUUACUCCACCAUGGGUCCAAGAAGCUUGUCAACCAAUUUCUCCAGAAUAAAGACAAUUUCGAUUCUCGAAAAUGCCCACUGUGGACCAUGCAGAGCACGCUUCUGAAUAUGGUUUUUGAGAGUUGGAGUGGUGGUUCCCAAGGAUUGGAAUGGGCAUGCUCUAUUAAGAGUUUGCUUGCGAAUAUGGUUGCUGGCAACAAAUACGAGCUCAAAUUACGAAUUGAUGCACGCUCCGGCACCCCGCCCACACACGAGGAAUGGGUCACGGAAGAAGGCUGCAGAAGGACGUACUAUGCUGUGUACAUCUUCUUUGGAAUGCUGACCUUGACAUACAACCACACUCCUGCCAUCAGCUUCAAUGAGUUCGACUCAUUACCACUGCCAUCUUCGGAAUCCUUGUGGAACAUUGAACCGACCGAUGAGGAUUCGUGGCAAGAUAUCUUCGCGGCAUCACCCACGAUCACUGUUCGAGAAGCCCACGACAGUCUGUUCCAAGGAGACGCCGCACGAUACAGCGCUUUUGCAACACGGGUGAUGAUCAAUGCAUUGUUCCUUGAAGUGUGGAAUUUGAGGAGAAGCUUCGAAUCACUCCAAGACGUGGUUCUGGAAUGGAAGAUUCGGAUUGCUUUGGAAACUUGGGAGCGAUCACUCGAUUUGUGCGAACCCGAGACGAUUGUCGUCCCUCUGAGCACGCCACACAAGAGCCACCCGUUGAUCUUCAACUCCAUGGCGGUGUAUCGAAAUACGAGGGCUUUCCUUGAAGUGGACCUCAAGAAUGUUCAGGAAGCUCUGCGAUAUCACAACUCUUAUGAGAUUGCUGGGGCCAUGACGCUGUCACGAGACAGUGUUAAGCGAACAAAGGAAAUGAUCAAAGUGGUUGAGCAAUGUUACGAAUGUAUGGAAAUUGUGGCAAUGCAAGGCAUCAACUGGGUGACAAAGACUUCUUCCACCAAUUGGAGUAUUGAGCAUCCUCUCUGCGGGCUGGACCUUAUCACCAUUCUCAGUCUCUGGCUUUAUCGCAUCGAGCACGACGACCAAGAAGCUACCGAUGAAGAACUUUCCAUGUACAUGAAAGUACGCGGCUUAUUUGACGACGAUGCUGUUGACGCGAACGGUUCUCGUCUGAGCUCCACAGUUGCCCGUGUCUGGGGUACCAUGUUAGAUGGUGUGGUUGUUUGGGGCAUCUCCAAGACCAUGGGUGAAUCAUUCAAGCUGCAUGCCCAAGCUUUGGUUGGAUAUGUUGAUGAACUUCCUGUCGAUCCAGUCACAGGUGUGCCUCAAGUAUCUGAUCAGACCUUGAUGGGCAUGGAAGCAGCAUAUUGA